AUGCCAGUGCUGCAAUUGUUUGGUUGCAGCUGGACUCUCAAAAUCACGCUCAUUGUCCUCUAUUUUCUCAAAGACCCAUCUCUUUCACCAUCCACAGCUGUUCGUAUAAGGUCCUGGGAGCUGCAUCUGUUGUACGACUCUGGUUCUCUCCCUUUUGAUUCACAUAUGCCUUUCACCCCAGAGACCUUUCCCGGUCUUCAGAUCUAUCAAUCCAAUGAUCAAUACCAACAGGCAAAUAGUGACUUUAGGCCCACCAUGUCUGAAACAGUUAAACCGGCACUCAGACAAUCAAGCCGUAGCACCCAAGGCCAAGGGGGCACUAUUAUAUAG